CCUAUCCAAGGGUCUCCUUUCCCUUUCUCCUUUCCGACUUGUAUCUAGUUUCUGUCAUAUUGCUAUGUCUUCAGUUACAAUCCUGGCUUGGAAUUUCCGAGGCCUAGAUCUACUAUGGCACUUGAUUGGCUUCUAUGGACAACUAGAAAUCGGAAGGCAUCAUGAAUCCUGGGCACUACUAAAAUCACUCAAAUCAUCUUCUACUUUGCCUUGGGUUUGUCUUGGUGACUUCAAUGAAAUAACGAAGCAGUCAGAAAAGAUGGGAUAUAAAGGACCUCGUUUUACUUUUGUUCGAAAACACCAUGAUAGUGUCUUGAGGGAAAGGCUUGAUAGAGUUCUCAUGAACCAUGCAUGGGAAGAACAGUUCCCAGGAUCUAUAUCUCACCACCUUCUGACUGUGCGAUCAGAUCAUUCAACUAUUCUACUAAAAGUCCAACGUAGGGUUCAACACGUUGGUAGGAAAGGUGAUAGACAAUUUCGUUUCGAAAACUAUUGGCUCAAUGAUGAUGAGAGUGAGUCAAUUGUUAGGGAAGCAUGGAGCCAAGAAAUGAGUGCCUCGAUGAUGGACCGAGUGCUAGCCAAAAUUGCUCGAUGUGGUGUCUUGUUACCGGAUUGGAGUGCCCAUAAAUUUGGAAACCUCCCGGGGCGUAUUAAGAAAUUGCAGUCUAACUUGUAGAAACUAUGUGAUGGGAGUGCUAGUGAGUGUAGCUUGGAGCACUUAGAGGAGGUGGAGACUGAGUUAUGGAAUCUGCAACAGCAAGAGGAGAUUCACUGGAAACAGAGAUCCUGAAUCCAAUGGCUCAAGGAAGGGGACAAAAAUACGUCUUUUUUUCAUACCAGAGCUUCUGAGUGGAGAAAGAAAAAUGUUAUCACUGA